AUGAAACAAAGACGUUGUGAGAUUGAACCACUACAAAGUUUAAUAUCCCAAUUUCAUGAUAUUGUCUCACAAGGUCCUCUUUAUAUUUGUACUUGUUGUGACCAAUUAUGGUACAAGCAUAGUGUCAUUCCAGUCACAACAUUUAAAGAAAAUAAUCCUGAUGUUCGAAAAAGAUUGUUAAAUAGAAAAAGUGUUAAUAAUUUGGAGUGGUUGUGUAAAACCUGCAAUAAGCAUUUAAAAAGCAAUAAGGUGCCUCCUUGUGCUGCCAUAAAUGGGCUGCAGUUUCCAGAAAAACCUUCGUUUUUCAAUCUAAAUGAAUUAGAGUGUAGAUUGCUUGCUCCAAGACUUGCAUUUCAAAAAUUAAUGCAGGCUCCUAGAGGUAGACAACUAAAAAUAAAUGGAAACAUUGUUAAUGUUCCAGCAGAUGUUGUUAAUACUGUUAACAUGUUGCCAAGGUUUCCAAAUGAGACCAGCACAAUUAAAGUUAACCUUAAGAGAAGAUUGCAAUACAAAAGUUCAGCUUUUAUAUCACUAAAUGUCAGACCAAAUAAAGUAGCAGAAGCUGCCGAAUGGCUUGUAAGUAAUGGUAACCUUUAUAAAGAUGAAGGUAUAACUUUCAAUGACACUUGGCUUCAAGAUAAUUCAAAUACUCAAAUGCUAUAUGAUGAUAGUGACAAUGAUCAAACCUCAGAGGGUUCACAAAAUGUUCUGGACUGUAAUGCAGAAAGCUUGAAUUGUGAUACAGAGAAUGUAAAACCCAGCAAUCAUCAGCUUGUGAUGAUGAUGAACACUGGAGUGAAGAUGAGGCAGAAAUACCUGCUGGAAUCACUGACACUAUGUUAA